AUGACGACCGCAUCCCCGUCGCAGAUGCGCCAGAACUACCACCAGGACUCGGAGGCCGCCAUCAACCGCCAGAUCAACCUGGAACUCUACGCCUCCUAUGUCUACCUGUCCGUUUCAUACUAUCUUGACCGCGGUGAUGUGGCUUUGAAGAACUUUGCCAAAUACUUUCUUCACCAAUCUCAUGAAGAGAGGGAAUAUGCUGAGAAACUGAUGAAGCUGCAGAACCGACGAGGUGGCCGAAUCUUCCUUCAGGAUAUCAAGAAACCAGACCGUGAUGACUGCGAGAAUGGGCUGAAAGCAAUGGAAUGUGCACCGUGCUUGGAAAGAAGUGUGAAUCAGUCACUACUGGAACUGCACAAACUGGCCACUGAAAAAAAUGACCCCCAUCUGUGUGAUUUCAUUGAGACUCAUUACCUGAACGAGCAGGUGGAAGCCAUCAAAGAAUUUGGUGACCACAAAACCCAUGUGUGCAAGAUCUGGGCCCCUGGAUCUGGCAUGGCAGAGUACCUCUUUGACAAGCACACCCUGGGACACAGUGAGAGCUAA